CACAUUAGCCAUAAAGCAGUGAUCGCUGGGAGACAGACAAUGAGGGAGAGCCGAGCGCAGCCAGAUCCUGGCCCUCCUCCACCCCCCCCAGUCACGUCUGUGUGUGCAAUGGCAGGGGGGUCAGGCUGCCAUAGGCAGGCAUAGGGCAUGGGCACAGCCUGGCAUUCCGUGCAUGUAUAUGUGCCCCACUAUAGGCAGCUGGACCAUCAGGCUGGAUUUGGCAGCAGAGGAGGAGGAGGAGGAGGUGGGAAGGAAGGGAAGGGGCUGUCACUGAGCUGCAUGAAGUGGGGGGAGAACUGGCUGGAUUUACAUGUUCCCCACGUCUUGGGCUGCUGGAAACUUUACCCUGGAAACUGGUCAGUGGGGCACAGGCGGGCGGGCGGCACAAUGGGGCCACUUGUGCUCUGGAUCAUGGAGGAGUCUGGCCAGGGGGCUAAACCUGUGAUUCCCAAGGACAUGGUGCAGCUAUAGAGAGAAUUGCCCUCCGCUGACAGUCUUGCUUUGACUGGGGGGUGGGAGGGGGGGUGCCCUCACCAUGGGGUACGCCGACCCAUCCGGGGGCAGGGAUUUGCUGGGCAACAGAACUUUGCUCUUCAUUUUCAUCUGCGCCUUUGCCCUGGUGACCUUGCUGCAACAGAUCCUGUAUGGGAGAAACUACAUCAAGAGAGGGCUGCAGUUUAGCUGGCAGAAUGGAGAGGAAUUGGGAAAUUGGACCGGGAUCUUUAAUUUCACGGAUGACGGAGCAGUGAAGACGGGGAGUGACGCAGGCGGCAGGUACUUUGAAUUUUACGAAGGCCCUUUGGAUUUCAACUCCACCAAAUGCCUGGAGCUGCGACGCGACAUCACCAACGUUAAAGUCCUCUCUAUGGUGAAAGAAUCCGAUCUGUUCGACAGAUGGAAAAGUCUUCAAGUCUGCAAAUGGGAAAUGAACGUGACGGAGGCGAACGCUUUUAAAUCAGCACUGACGAGAUGUUGCAAUGCCCCGUCCUUUCUCUUCACCACGCAGAAGAACACCCCUCUAGGAACCAAGCUCAGAUAUGAAGUGGACACGAGUGGCAUAUUUCCAAUAAGUUCUGAGAUAUUCAAUAUCUUCCCCAAGGACAUGCCUUACUACCGUUCCCAGUUUAAGAAAUGUGCUGUUGUUGGAAAUGGAGGCAUUUUAAAGGACAGUAAAUGUGGCAAAGACAUCGAUAGCACAGAUUUUGUCUUCAGAUGCAACUUGCCUCCUAUAACCCCAAAAUACGUUGAAGACGUAGGGAUGAAAACUGAUGUGGUCACCAUAAACCCAAGUAUCAUAACAGAAAGAUUUAACAAACUGGAGAAGUGGAGAAGACCCUUCUAUGAAGUGUUGCAAGGAUACGAGAAUGCGUCUUUGCUCCUUCCCGCCUUCUACAACACCCGAAACACUGACGUCUCCAUCAGGGUCAAGUAUGUCCUGGAUGAUUUUGAAUCCCAGCAGGCCGUCUACUAUUUCCAUCCCCAGUAUCUCAUCAAUGUUUCUCGCUUCUGGCUUAUGCAAGGCGUUCAUGCCAAGCGCAUCAGCAGCGGCCUUAUCCUAGUGACCGCCGCGCUGGAGCUGUGUGAGGAGGUGCACCUUUAUGGAUUUUGGGGUUUCCCCAUGGACCCCUCAGGGAACUUCAUUACUCAUCAUUAUUAUGACAAUGUUAAGCCGCGUCCAGGCUUCCAUGCAAUGCCUUCUGAGAUUUUUAACUUUAUCCAUAUGCACAGCAAGGGCAUCCUACGGGUGCACACUGGUACAUGCUGAUUUCGCCUCCAUCUGCACUAAAUGUUUGUGCCCUUCAACCAAACUGAGUAUAUGCAAUAAUGAUCCAACAGAAACUGCACAGGAUAAGGCCUCCACAUGAGCUGGGGACACACCAGCAUCAUUUCAUUGACUUUGUGUAGAUGUAUCCGCUGUUCUCUUAAAAGAAAAUCAUGUUGAGCACAUUCAACCUAGGACUUCAGCCAAGCUAUCUGGCACAGAAGUAUCUGUUUAGGAAAGUCAGUGAUAUCAAACUUGGAUAGGAAAGGUGAUCUGCCUUGAAGGGAAUGUUUAUCUAUCUCGAACAGCAAGAAUACCUGGUUGGGAAAGCCAGAUAUACAUGUUUGGCAUAGCCAGAUAUAUCAGUCUUAUAUAUGCACAGAUAUCUAUCUGGGAAAACCAGUGUUAAAUAUCUUGAAUAUUCAUGGAUAUCAUAUUAUAGCUACCUGGGAUAGCCAACAAUAAAUAUCUUGUUGGUCAGAAAUAUCUUCCUGGGAUAGCCCACAAUAAAUAUCUAAGAUUGUCAGGGAUAUCGACCUGGUAUAGCCCACUAUAAAUAUCUUGGAUAGCUGGGGUUAUCUACCUGGUAUAGCCCACUAUAAAUUUCUUGGAUAGCUGGGGUUAUCUACCUGGUAUAGCCCACAAUAAAUAUCUUGAAUAAUCAGAGAUAUCUACUUGGGAUAAUCAACAAUAAAUAUGUUGGAUAGCCUGGAAUGUCUACGUGGAAUAGCUAUCAAUCAAUAUCUUGGAAAGCCAGAGAUAUCUACCUGGGAUAGUCAAGAAUAAAUAUGUUGGAUAGCCUGGAAUGUGUACAUGGAAUAGCUAUCAAUAAAUAUCUUGCAAAGCCUGAGAUAUCUACCUGCGAUAGUCAAGAAUAAAUAUGUUUGAUAACUUGGAA